UUUAAAAGUGUCUGUUAACACAGAUCAUAUUUUUUUACUUUUAUUUCAAUUUUAAUGAUAGUUCAUUGAUAAAUUUUAUAUUUAAUCACAACAUGGACCAGUCAGUGUCACCACUUCUUAAAUCACCACCCACACCGGGUAGUAGCAAGGAGAGUUCUCAGUCAGACCGCAAAGAAACGUCUAGUAAAUCUCCAAGAAAAACUCAAAACUCUGAAUCAGAUCAUGACACUGAAACAGAAACACCUGAAAAGGCCAAGGCAAAAUCACCAGCUAAAGCGAAAAGUUCACCAUCUGCAGACAAGAAGAGGAAGGCUGAGACAGAUGAAGAAAUCAUAGCAAAACAUGCCAAACAGGAGGAAGAACGGCUGAAAAUGCAAGUUCUGGUUUCCAAUUUUUCUGAAGAUCAGCUCAACCGAUACGAGAUGUACAGACGAGCAGCUUUUCCAAAGGCAUCGAUUAAGCGGUUUAUGCAGUCGAUCACUGGAAGUGCAAUAUCUCCGAAUGUUGUCAUCGCCAUGGCAGGAAUUUCAAAGGUGUUUGUUGGUGAAUUGGUGGAGGAAGCCCUUGAUGUACUGGAAUCAUGGGGGGACACUGGACCAAUCCAGCCAAAACACAUCCGGGAAGCUGUUCGGAUCCUACGAGAGCGAGGAACUGUACCUAACUCAAAGAAAAAGAAAGUCAUGUUCUCCUGAGAUACUUUGAUAAGGAGUGCACAAACUACGAUAUCAUCUGGAACAGUGAUUUAAACUAGCAAAAGCCCACAAGCCAGGCACAGAAAAUGCUUCAUUUGCAGUGCUUUAGAGGCCUGUUGUGAUUUUCAAACCCAAAAAGUAAAGGAAGAUUCAGAUUUUCUGCCUUAAAUUCUAAUUUCAACAACUGGUGUACUGUCAUUGGAAAGCAUUCCUGUGAGUUUCCAAGCCAGACAUUGCCAGGACAGCAAAUAUAGGCGUGUAUGCUCCUUGGCUGGGGUAGAGAUGUUUGUGGGAAAGAUUCAUCAUUUUUGAAUGGAUAUUUGUCUUAUACUGAUAUGAUAACAGGUGGAUCUCUAUGACAUUAAUCAGUGUGUUACGGACUGAAUGCCAUUCAGAACAUAUCUAGUCCUGUGGUAUUUUUCAUCUCAUAAAUAGAAAGUUGGGACAGCUUGUUAACUUAAAGAUCGAGAUACCUAGAUAUAUUUUUUGACAUGUAAUGAUGUCAUGUAACUGUUCCUUAGGAACUUGUUUUUAUGAAAUACUACAUAUUUAUCACUUAUUUUAUACAGAUCAAUUGCCAUAUCAGUGUUUGAAAGCAUUCCCCAAUUUCUUGACAAAUCUGAUUUAUUAGCAUAACAGGCUAAGUGUCUUAUUUCAUUCAACCAAAUUACUAACUUAAAAUUGACUUAACAAAAAAAAAAGUUUUUAGUGAAGACAACUCAUAAAAACAACAUCCUUUAAAAUUCACAGGGUCCAGUUUCAAUACAGGAUUUUAGUCUUUAAAAAUCUUAAAUCUGUAGAAACAUCAACGUUGGCUAGAUAUUAACUGAAAUCUUUUUCAAAUUAAAUACAACUCUCAACUUAAUAUUCGGCUGUACAAAUGGAUACUAAUAUCACAAAAAUAAGACCCAAAGAUUAUGAUAGUUUCAUUUUUAUGACCAAAACCGUUUUUUAAACAGGCCCUAGAACUCUAGAAAUGUGAAUAUUACACAAAUUAUACAAAAAAAAAUAGUGAGCUUAGCUUGAUCCUGCUAUAAGGGACUGAAGAGUGUUAGAGAAAUUGGGGCCUUAGUCUGAACUGUUUCAUUUCAUAUUUCUGUCUUUAACAGUUUUUGAAACUGCUGAGCGAGAAAUGCUCAUGUGCAAUUAAAUGGAUGAACUGAUUGUUUGAAUGUGAAACACAAAUCAUGAUAUUUUCUGAUAAAGAGGAAAUGUUAUCUUAAUUAGUCUGCUUUGAGAUCUCCUGUGCAUUUGAUGUACUUAAGUGUUUUAGCGUAAGAGUUAUGGCAGAGUACUGCACCUUUUUGGUAGCACCCUUCUGCCCAAGUGGAAACCAGGCUGUGCACCCUUCUGCAUUCACAGAACUAUAUGCUACAUAAUAGCUGUCAAUGUUUUUUUUAUUUUUUUUAUUUAAACUGAUAAUAUGAUUAUAACUACAAUACAAAACUGCAUAUUUGGCAGUAGAAAUGUAAUAUUACCUCAGUUAAACAAAUUUCCUACCAUUUUUUGUCAAAUUCAUUUAUAUGCACUCUUCACAGCACGAUACAAAGUGCCGUUUUCUCCUUUAGCACUCCCUGUCCCUCUUUUGCACCACCCUGUCCAUUUUAAAGCCUUGCUUAAUACCUAGAUAACAGGCUGUUAAAAUGCUUAACAUUGAUUCAUGGAUAUAUUCUGACACGGACCUAUAAACCAUGGACUGGCAACUGCCCGAUAUCGAUGAAACGAUAAGAAAUAAUAAUUUACCCACAAUCCUUAGGGCGCACUCCGCAAAUAUCAGAAAAUUCCACAUAAUCUCCGAUCGGUGAUUAACGGCGAUCUUCAGUUAUUUCCGCCAACCCUGCUAAUAAUGCCUUGUUCGUUAUAGAUUUAAUCAUAAUUAAUAACUGUGAUUUUAAUCAGAUUCCAUUGGACUAUUAUCAACUCAAAUGAUAGAACCGCGCAUUUCAGUCAAAUUUAAUUAAUGUUUUCCUACAUGUAUAUAUUCGGCCGAUGUCGGACGUCUCGAAAAUGACCACACGGUAAGAUCUCGGAAUGAAAUCCCGCUGCACGCGUGAGUUUGAGAUUAUCGCAUUUACACAGAUGAGAGUUGCCAAUCCAUGGUUUAUAGGUCUGUGAUUCUGAGUACAAUCUGUGUAUGUUUGUUUGUUUGUUGAAUGUUUUUAUUAAUAUGUUAUCAUUUGUUUUUUUACAAUGAAAUGUGUUUAUUGAUGAAGAAUAUAUAAAUAUAUGUGAUGAGCAUCUUUUAAAGAAUAAAAACU